CCCAACCGACUGAGCCACCCAGGCACCCCUGUUUCAAUUUUUACCUCCACAGUGAACUUCACUUUGUAAACAAGAGGUGAAAACCUGUAUACAUACAUAUAAAGAACACAUUUCUGCCACUUAGCUAUAAGUAAUUUUUGCUUUUCUUUGCGAGUUCUCAGAAGAGAAACUAUUAAUUAUCUAAAAGAGAUAAAUGGUGCAUGCAUGGUUAACUUUUAAAAUAUUUAUAAUUAUGGUAAUACCACAAUAAAAAACAAAGAUAAAAUUGCAUUUUACCUGACAACUCUACUUUAGGAGGGAAAAAAGCCAGUACUUAGUGAGAUACACUAAAUGAAUCUGCUUUGGAAAUUCUGAAAUGUUCACGGACUUACAAAGUUAACCAGAAGGUACUUGGCAGAGGCCCUACUAGAGACUCCACUGGAACACUACAGGCUCUAUUAGAACACCAAACAGUGGCUGCAACAGAGAGAGCAACAGAGACCUUUGGAAUGUCUGACCUGACAGUGUCACCAGGUCAGCCUUGGGGUCUCAGUUACACUCUAUGUUUUCAUGGUGUUUCUACCUCCUCAAUCUACUAACGUGGCAACAGCAAGCCUCUUUCCUUAUCUUUGUCCAGAAGGCCAGAUUAAUGCACUUGCCACAGGUCCUUUCUCCUCCACUGAUUACGGAAUCACACCAACCACAGCACUGCUGCUGCAGAUGGCGAACACCGCCUGCCUUUCUUCAGGCUGCUCGAGAAGCACUGUGCUGCAUUCAAAGAUCACAGGGAAUGGACUGUGGAGCUUUUAGAAUUGUUUAUAAAUUCCUCUUUCAGUCUGGAGGUAGAAGUCACAUUUUUUGACCUGACAAAUUGUAAACUUCUCUUGCAAGGACAUUUCCUGCACUGUGCUUGGAGUCUGAAGAUCUGUGCAAAUGCCAGGAGCCACCUACCAUCUCUACUGUUCUGAGUCUUGCCCUUGAACUGAGAAAGGGCAAGCAGAGACAAAAAAAAAAAAAAAAAAAAAAAGUACACAUUACAGUGUUUCUUCUACUAAAACUUUCCAUUUGGCAGCUGUAUUUUCAACACUAUGGAAAUGAAUCUCCCUGCCUUUUCUAGUGAUCUAAUUUUAAUUAAAAAUGCUCUCUAUCAAGAGACUGAUGCCCGAUAUAAAGGAAAAGUUGUAAGUGAAGCGGAAACAAAGAGGUACUUCUCACAGACUUUUGGAGAGGCAAACUAUGCAAGAGGCACCAGACUCCCUCUUUCUGGUGAAGGACCAACUUCUCAGCCGAAUAGCUCCAAGCAAACUGUCCUGUCUUGGCAAGCUGCAAUCGAUGCUGCUAGACAGGCCAAGGCUGCCCAAACUAUGAGCACCUCUGCACCCCCACCUGUAGGAUCUCUCUCCCAAAGAAAACGUCAGCAAUACGCCAAGAGCAAAAAACAGGGUAACUCGUCCAACAGCCGACCUGCCCGUGCCCUUUUCUGUUUAUCACUCAAUAACCCCAUCCGAAGAGCCUGCAUUAGUAUAGUGGAAUGGAAACCAUUUGACAUAUUUAUAUUAUUGGCUAUUUUUGCCAAUUGUGUGGCCUUAGCUAUUUACAUCCCAUUCCCUGAAGAUGAUUCUAAUUCAACAAAUCAUAACUUGGAAAAAGUAGAAUAUGCCUUCCUGAUUAUUUUUACAGUCGAGACAUUUUUGAAGAUUAUAGCAUAUGGAUUAUUGCUACAUCCUAAUGCUUAUGUUAGGAAUGGAUGGAAUUUACUGGAUUUUGUUAUAGUAAUAGUAGGUUACCUCAGCUUUCUACCUGGAGAUAUUUUUCAGACUAUAGAAGAGCACAAAGACAUGGAACUGAACAGAGGAUGGUGGUCUCAUUGCAUUGAGGAGACAGAGACAAGAAUCCAAUUGUUUAGUGUAAUUCUGGAACAAUUAACCAAAGAAACAGAAGGCGGUAACCACUCCAGUGGCAAGUCAGGAGGCUUCGAUGUCAAAGCCCUCCGAGCCUUUCGAGUGUUACGACCACUUCGACUAGUGUCAGGAGUACCCAGUUUACAAGUUGUCCUGAACUCCAUUAUAAAAGCCAUGGUUCCCCUCCUUCACAUAGCCCUUUUGGUAUUAUUUGUAAUCAUAAUCUAUGCUAUUAUAGGAUUGGAACUUUUUAUUGGAAAAAUGCACAAAACAUGUUUUUUUGCUGACUCAGAUGUCAUAGCUGAAGAGGACCCAGCGCCGUGUGCGUUCUCAGGGAAUGGACGCCAGUGUGCCGCCAAUGGCACAGAGUGUAGGAGUGGCUGGGUUGGCCCAAAUGGGGGCAUCACCAACUUCGAUAACUUUGCCUUCGCCAUGCUCACCGUGUUUCAGUGCAUCACCAUGGAGGGCUGGACAGAUGUGCUCUACUGGAUGAAUGAUGCUAUGGGAUUUGAAUUGCCCUGGGUGUAUUUUGUCAGUCUCGUCAUCUUUGGGUCAUUUUUCGUACUAAAUCUUGUACUUGGUGUAUUGAGCGGAGAAUUCUCAAAGGAAAGAGAGAAGGCUAAAGCCCGGGGAGAUUUCCAGAAGCUCCGGGAGAAGCAGCAGCUAGAGGAGGAUCUAAAGGGCUACUUGGAUUGGAUCACCCAAGCAGAGGACAUCGAUCCUGAGAACGAGGAAGAAGGAGGAGAGGAAAGCAAACGCAACACCAGCAUGCCGACCAGCGAGACGGAGUCUGUGAACACGGAGAACGUAAGUGGUGGAGGCGAGAACCAAGGCGGCUGUGGGAGUCUCUGGUGCUGGUGGAAGCGAAGAGGCACGGCCAAGGCUGGGCCCUCUGGGUGUCGGCGGUGGGGCCAAGCCAUCUCAAAAUCCAAGCUCAGCCGCCGCUGGCGCCGCUGGAACCGAUUCAAUCGCAGGAGAUGUAGGGCUGCUGUGAAGUCUGUCACAUUUUACUGGCUGGUUAUUGUCCUGGUGUUUCUCAACACCUUAACCAUUUCCUCCGAGCACUACAACCAGCCUGAUUGGUUGACGCAGAUUCAAGAUAUCGCUAACAAAGUCCUCCUGGCUCUGUUCACCUGCGAGAUGCUGGUAAAAAUGUACAGCUUGGGUCUCCAGGCGUAUUUCGUCUCUCUUUUUAAUCGGUUUGACUGCUUCGUGGUAUGUGGUGGAAUUACUGAAACCAUCCUGGUGGAGCUGGAAAUCAUGUCUCCCCUGGGGAUCUCUGUGUUUCGGUGUGUGCGCCUCUUAAGGAUUUUCAAGGUGACCAGGCACUGGACUUCCCUGAGCAACUUGGUGGCCUCCUUGUUAAACUCCAUGAAGUCCAUUGCUUCGCUGUUGCUUCUGCUUUUUCUCUUCAUCAUCAUCUUUUCCUUGCUUGGGAUGCAGCUGUUUGGUGGCAAGUUUAAUUUUGACGAAACGCAGACCAAGCGGAGCACCUUUGACAAUUUCCCUCAAGCCCUCCUGACGGUAUUCCAGAUUCUGACAGGUGAAGAUUGGAACGCUGUGAUGUAUGAUGGCAUCAUGGCCUAUGGCGGCCCAUCGUCCUCGGGAAUGAUCGUCUGCAUCUACUUCAUCAUCCUCUUCAUUUGUGGUAACUAUAUCCUACUGAAUGUCUUCUUGGCCAUCGCUGUAGACAAUCUGGCUGAUGCUGAAAGUUUGAAUACUGCCCAGAAAGAGGAAGCUGAAGAGAAGGAAAGGAAGAAGAUUGCCAGAAAAGAGAGCCUGGAGAAUAAAAAGAACAACAAACCAGAGGUCAACCAGAUAGCCAACAGUGACAAUAAGGUUACAAUUGAUGACUAUCGAGAAGAGGAUGAAGACAAGGACCCCUACCCACCUUGUGAUGUGCCAGUAGGGGAAGAGGAAGAGGAGGAGGAAGAGGAUGAACCCGAGGUUCCAGCUGGCCCCCGUCCUCGUAGAAUCUCAGAGUUGAACAUGAAGGAGAAAAUCGCCCCCAUCCCUGAAGGGAGUGCAUUCUUCAUUCUGAGCAAGACCAACCCGAUCCGCGUGGGCUGCCACAAGCUCAUCAACCAUCACAUCUUCACCAACCUCAUCCUCGUCUUCAUCAUGCUGAGUAGCGCCGCCCUUGCCGCCGAGGACCCCAUCCGCAGCCACUCCUUCCGGAACACUAUACUGGGUUACUUUGACUAUGCUUUCACAGCCAUCUUUACAGUUGAAAUCCUGUUAAAGAUGGCGACUUUUGGAGCUUUCCUCCACAAAGGGGCUUUCUGCAGGAACUACUUCAAUCUGCUGGAUAUGCUGGUUGUCGGGGUAUCCCUGGUAUCAUUCGGGAUCCAAUCCAGUGCCAUCUCCGUUGUGAAGAUUCUGAGGGUCUUAAGGGUCCUGAGGCCGCUCAGGGCGAUCAACAGAGCGAAAGGACUCAAGCACGUGGUCCAGUGCGUCUUUGUGGCCAUCCGGACCAUCGGCAACAUCAUGAUCGUCACCACCCUUCUCCAGUUCAUGUUCGCCUGCAUCGGGGUCCAGUUGUUCAAGGGGAAGUUCUAUCGCUGCACGGACGAAGCCAAAAGUAACCCCGAAGAGUGCAGGGGGCUUUUCAUCCUCUAUAAGGAUGGGGACGUUGAUAACCCUGUGGUCCGUGAGAGGAUCUGGCAAAAUAGUGAUUUCAACUUUGACAACGUCCUUUCUGCUAUGAUGGCGCUGUUCACGGUCUCCACGUUUGAGGGCUGGCCUGCGUUGCUGUAUAAAGCCAUCGACUCCAACGGAGAGAAUGUUGGCCCCAUCUACAACUACCGCGUGGAGAUCUCCAUCUUCUUCAUCAUCUACAUCAUCAUUGUGGCUUUCUUCAUGAUGAACAUCUUUGUGGGCUUCGUCAUCGUCACAUUUCAGGAGCAGGGAGAGAAAGAGUAUAAGAACUGUGAGCUGGACAAAAAUCAGCGUCAGUGUGUCGAAUACGCCUUGAAAGCACGUCCCUUGCGGAGAUACAUCCCCAAAAACCCCUACCAGUACAAGUUCUGGUACGUGGUGAACUCCUCGCCUUUCGAAUACAUGAUGUUUGUCCUCAUCAUGCUCAACACACUCUGCUUGGCCAUGCAGCACCACGAGCAGUCCAAGAUAUUUAAUGAUGCCAUGGACAUUCUGAACAUGGUCUUCACUGGGGUGUUCACCGUCGAGAUGGUUUUGAAAGUCAUUGCAUUUAAACCUAAGGGGUAUUUUAGUGACGCCUGGAACACGUUUGACUCCCUCAUCGUAAUCGGCAGCAUUAUAGACGUGGCCCUCAGCGAAGCCGACCACUAUUUCACUGAUGCAUGGAACACUUUUGAUGCCUUAAUUGUUGUUGGUAGCGUCGUUGAUAUUGCUAUAACUGAAGUGAAUAACUCUGAAGAGAGCAAUAGAAUCUCCAUCACCUUUUUCCGUCUUUUCCGAGUGAUGCGGUUGGUGAAGCUUCUCAGCAGGGGGGAAGGCAUCCGGACACUGCUGUGGACUUUUAUAAAGUCCUUUCAGGCACUGCCCUAUGUCGCCCUCCUCAUAGCCAUGCUAUUCUUCAUCUACGCGGUUAUUGGCAUGCAGAUGUUUGGGAAGGUUGCUAUGAGAGAUAACAACCAGAUCAACAGGAACAACAAUUUCCAGACCUUUCCCCAGGCAGUGCUGCUACUCUUCAGGUGUGCCACAGGGGAAGCCUGGCAGGAGAUCAUGCUGGCCUGCCUCCCGGGGAAGCUCUGUGACCCCGAGUCGGAUUACAGCCCCGGGGAGGAGUACACGUGUGGAAGCAACUUCGCCAUUGUUUAUUUCAUCAGUUUUUACAUGCUCUGCGCAUUUCUGAUCAUCAACCUGUUUGUAGCUGUCAUCAUGGACAACUUUGAUUAUCUGACCCGGGACUGGUCUAUUCUGGGGCCUCACCAUUUGGAUGAAUUCAAAAGAAUAUGGUCAGAAUAUGACCCUGAGGCAAAGGGAAGGAUCAAGCACCUUGAUGUGGUCACUCUGCUCCGCAGAAUCCAGCCUCCCCUGGGGUUUGGGAAAUUAUGCCCACACAGAGUAGCCUGUAAGAGACUAGUUGCCAUGAACAUGCCUCUCAACAGUGAUGGGACAGUCAUGUUUAAUGCAACUCUGUUUGCUUUGGUUCGGACGGCUCUUAAAAUCAAGACGGAAGGGAACCUGGAACAAGCUAAUGAAGAGCUCCGAGCUGUGAUAAAGAAAAUCUGGAAGAAAACCAGCAUGAAACUGCUUGACCAAGUUGUCCCUCCAGCUGGUGAUGAUGAGGUAACCGUGGGGAAGUUCUAUGCCACUUUCCUGAUACAGGACUACUUUAGGAAAUUCAAGAAACGGAAAGAACAAGGCCUGGUGGGAAAAUACCCUGCGAAGAACACCACCAUUGCCCUACAGGCAGGAUUAAGGACACUGCAUGACAUUGGGCCAGAAAUCCGGCGUGCUAUAUCAUGUGAUUUGCAAGAUGACGAGCCGGAGGAAACAAAACGAGAAGAAGAAGAAGAUGUAUUCAAAAGAAAUGGUGCCCUGCUUGGAAACCAUGUCAAUCAUGUUAAUAGUGAUAGGAGAGAUUCCCUUCAGCAGACCAAUACCACCCACCGUCCCCUGCAUGUCCAAAGGCCUUCAAUUCCACCUGCAAGUGAUACUGAGAAACCGCUGUUUCCUCCAGCAGGAAAUUCGGUGUGUCAUAACCAUCAUAACCAUAAUUCCAUAGGAAAGCAAGCUCCCAGCUCAACAAAUGCCAAUCUCAAUAAUGCCAAUAUGUCCAAAGCUGCCCCUGGAAAGCGGCCCAGCAUUGGGAACCUUGAGCAUAUGUCUGAAAAUGGGCAUCACUCCUCCCACAAGCGUGACCGUGAGGCUCAAAGAAGGUCCAGUAUUAAAAGAACCCGCUAUUAUGAAACUUACAUUAGGUCUGACUCAGGAGAUGAGCAGUUCCCAACUAUUUGCCGGGAAGAUCCAGAGGUACACGGCUACUUCAGCGACCCCCGCUGCUUGGAGGAGCAGGAGUAUUUCAGUGGUGAGGAGGGCUCCGAGGAUGCCGGCUCACCGGCCGGGAGCAGGCAGAACUACAGCUACUACAACAGAUACCCAGGCAGCAACUGGGACUUCGAGCGGCCUCGAGGCUACCAUCACCCCCAAGGCUUCUUGGAAGAUGACGACUCACCCAUUUGCUAUGACUCUCGGAGAUCUCCAAGGAGACGCCUACUACCUCCCACCCCAACAUCCCGCCGGAGAUCCUCCUUCAACUUCGAGUGUCUGCGCCGGCAGAGCAGCCAGGAAGAGGCCCCGCCGCCCCCCGCCUUCCCCCACCGCACAGCCCUGCCCCUGCACCUGAUGCAGCAGCAGAUCAUGGCAGUUGCGGGCCUGGAUUCCAGUAAAGCCCAGAAGUAUUCACCGAGCCACUCAACCCGGUCAUGGGCCACCCCUCCGGCGACUCCUCCGUACCGGGACUGGACACCGUGCUAUGCACCCCUGAUCCAGGUGGAGCGGCCAGAGGCCCUGGACCAGGUCAACGGCAGCCUGCCGUCCCUGCACCGAAGCUCCUGGUACACGGACGAGCCGGGCAUCUCGUACCGAACUUUCACACCAGCCAGCCUGACUGUCCCCAGCAGCUUCCGCAACAAAAACAGUGACAAGCAGAGGAGCGCAGACAGCUUGGUGGAAGCAGUCCUGAUAUCCGAAGGUUUAGGACGGUAUGCAAGGGACCCAAAAUUUGUAUCGGCCACAAAACACGAAAUCGCCGAUGCCUGUGACCUAACCAUCGACGAGAUGGAGAGUGCAGCCAGCAACCUGCUCAACGGGACUGUACAUCCCCGGGCCAACGGGGGUGUGGGCCCCGUGUCACACCGGCAGGACUAUGAGCUCCAGGACUUCGGGCCAGGCUACAGCGAUGAAGAGCCCGACCCUGGAAGGGAUGAGGAGGACCUGGCAGAUGAAAUGAUAUGCAUCACCACCCUGUAGCCCCCAGGGAGGGGCAGACUGGCUCUGGCCUCAGGUGGGGCGCCAGAGGGCCAGGGAAAAAGUGCCUCGUAGUUAGGAAAGUUUAGGCACUAGUGUGGAGUCCAUAUUCAAUUAGACUUUUGUACAAGUGAUGUCAUGCCUCAAGGAAGCCAUAAACCUGGUAGGGAACAGCCGCACACAUGUGCCCGGCUCCAGCUGUCGGAAGCAGCAGGUCCAGCCCUCUUGGGGAGGACCGGCGAGGAGGUCGGACAAGCCCAGCCCACUUGUCCAGAGUGCCCCCCCCAGGCGCUCACCCACGCCCACCCACCUGCUGGCAUGGUGGGGAAGGUUAAAGGUGAUGACGAUCACCACACCUGUGUCAUUACCUCAGCCAUCGGUCUAGCAUAUCAGACAGUCACUGGGCCCAGCAUAUCCAUUUUUAAACCCUCUUCCCCCAGAUACACUGCUUCCUGGUUUCUGUUUAGCUGUUCUGAAAUACAGUGUGUAAAUCAGGACCUACCUACCAGCCGUCAUCCUGAGAGGGCAGCAGGACCUUAUCCACGAGGUUUUCUGUUAUGUGACCCCAGUUUACAAGAGAGAGCGUCACUCAGUUGGUUUCUGACUGUCAGGUUAAGGGCAACUGUAAACUGGAAUAAUCAUGCACUCACAACCAGGUAAACUUAGAUACGCUAGUUUGUUUAAAAAUUAUAGAUUUACUGUACAUGACUUGUAAUAUACUAUAAUUUGUAUUUGUAAA